CCAGGAAUAUUGUUUGCUCCUGUGGCUGCAGGAGAUGCACUGAUGGGGUAUCCUCCAGGAAGACACAGGGGUCUCCCCGAUGAACAGGAGACCCCCAGCAAAAGGGAAGAAGGCCAAAAACAGGUCUCCUGGAGUCAUUUUCCCAAAGCUCAGCCCUGGGGACGGGGUGCCUCUGAGUGUGCAGAGCCCACCUCCAAAUACCAUCCCACUGGCGCUGCGGGCUUCAAUCCAUAAGUUGCGGGAUAAGCGACACAAAUAUCCAGUCCGUAACAGACACAACAAAGCGGAGAAGAAAUACGCCGGGCGGACAAGGAACGUGAGCACGAGGGAGUUCGGAAAAGAUGCACGGAGAGGAAAAACGGCAGGAGAGUGGGGUUCAGGACAAACACGCUGUAGGGGAUGGCAGAAGACUUCGGCAAAAGGGACGUCCCCCGACCCCCCGGCAAGGUCUGGAGCUGUGUCUUUCCUCUUACCUUUCCCAUUUCCCAACUCUGAAAAUGGAAGAGUGGGCAGCAGAGGGAGGCACCUCUGAGCCCAGGAGGACUGGAGCCCCCGGUGCCUCCUGGGAACAGCAUGACUGUCCGAAAGGUCCCUUUGGCAUUGACCCCGCCUCCUGUUUAGGACGGCCUGUGACAUGGCAGGCCGAGGGGACAGGGCCAAACCUCCACAAACCAACCACACCCCUGGGAGCUGCUUUUUGUUUCAGCCGCCACACAAUUCACAAACCCUAGAGGAGUACUACCUUUUAAAGCACACAAUUUGAUGGCUUUGAAUGGACUCACCAUCAACCGUCUCCAACACUCUCAAGCCCCACUUUUCUUUGCCCAAAAAGAAACUCCACGCACCCCGGAUGGCAAUCCCCAUUCCCCCGUCGGCUGCAGGCAACCAACAGGCUCGGCCUCUAAGACGUGCCUGGAUACGUCCCAUCAACGGAACCCUGCGACACGCAGAGCUCAGUGUCUGCCCUCUUUCAUGGCAGGGUCCACGCACAUGCCUGGGAUGGCAUGAUCUCAGCCCCCCGUUCCUUUCUAUGGCUGCAUAAUACUCCACCGCCCUCUGCUCAUCAGUGGUGGGACAGGCCUGGGUCGUCUCUGGUUUUUAGCUGCUGUAAGUCAUGCUGCCGGGAACCUUCAUGUGUGAGUCUUUGUGUGGAUAUAGGUUUUCAAUUCUCUUGGCUUGGAAGUUGCUUUUUUAAAAAUAAAUUCAUGUCAUAAGGUUUCAUUUGUCUCUC